AUGGAAACCCAAGGCCUGCAUCAACUUCCAGCAGAUGUGGUCCAGUCUCCCAAUGCAGAGUUUCCAACAGAAGAUGCGCUCAAGUCAGCUGAAGCUCAGGAGUCCCACAGUUAUUCAUCUUUCAUGGAACAUUGCGCAGUGAGGGAGGGGCAAAGUGGCACUGUAUUACGGAACGUCCAGCAGCAGGUGGCGAUAGUGAGGGAGAUCACCGAGCAGCGAAGCUCGAGCAAGUGCCAAUAUUAUGCUGUUAAAAGCUAUGAAGCAAAAAAUGAAGAUGAACUGUCCAUGAACGUGGGUGUUAUAGUUGAAGUCUUGAAAAAGUCCAGUGAUGGAUGGUGGUUUAUUAGGUACGACGGUCAGUCUGGGUAUGUUCCAUCGCUGUAUCUGCAGCCAUAUAAAAACCCUCAUUCAAAGUUACAGAUUCUCACCAAGCCAGGCAGAUGGGCUUCCACUCCAGAUCUCUCGGCAAACGUUGACAAUUUAGCUGCGCUGUCAAAUGUUGAAAAGCAGAACAUGCACAGUAACCAAGGCAGGUCCCCCACAAAAACCAUCAAUAACUCUCUUAAACUGCAAAGGCAGCAAUCAAGGUCUUCCACCUGCUUGCCUGACGAAAACCUAUCUGAAGGUGGGUUGAGCCUUCCCAAUUCAGACGAGUCAGAUAGCAGGCCAGAAAGCUUGUGCGAUGAUAGUUUAGGCAUGUCAGAGUCAACUGAGGACAGACGUUUGCCAGAUAGUUACCACAUCCUUAAAGGCUCCGAUAAUGUGGCACGACUGUUUGAGAAGAACCUAACUGCUGAAGCCAUGUCCAAGAAUGAUUCGGGAGUGGAAAAGUUGGAUUUGAGUUCCAGGCCUGAAACUUCAAUGAGAGAGAAAAUUCCAGCUACAAACGUCGUCCCCAAAAUACCUCCAAGGCCACAUCGCCAAGAAAUACUGUCAAGGUGCACAACCUUCACCAAGAACGUGGUUCUGAGAUCUCAAAAUAUUCCUACCUUCCAAAGUUACAAGACAGAGCCUUGGGUCACUCAACCAAAGUAUUGCUGAGAAAGAAAAGUUUUGUUUUUUACUUAAACAAUAUUUUGAAAUAGUAUGCAGAAGCUGCAGAUUUUAUACAAUUUAUUUGAUGGAAAUAUAGGUAGUGAGCGAUGCUACAAUCAUAUUAGUUUUUAGGUUUGUGUAUAGAACUGCUACUCGGCAGGGUAGGUACGUUAAUCCAUAAUAAGGGUCACAAUGAAGGAAAAAAUACUAAUUACUCUUUCUUUCUGGAAAAAUCCAUCAAUUGGACUCUGUUAAAGUAGCCACUGAUGCUUAUCUUUUCAUAAUGAACUCUACAGAGUGACACCAGGAUUGACAAGAGGAAUGCUCAUUUUCAGCACAUCCCAAAUAACAAUUGUGUAAAUACCCAUUAAUUAUAUUUGAUUAAUAAGUCAAUAUUUGAUAGUUUUUAAAUAUAGUAAAUAACUGAUUUUGGGACGUUCUGAAGUGAAAUUUGUUCGGUGUGACAAAUAUCGAAAUGUUUUUAAUGCGAUGCUACAAUGAAGGUAGUCAUUGAUUUAAAAGUUUACUGUUACUGGUUGUUAAAGUUUAUUAGUAUUUCUGGCUGGCUUUGAGGCAUCCAAAUCAAACAACAUUUCUUCCAGGUCUGUCUGUAGUCCAAUCCCAGACCAACACUAUUUGUUUUUUUAAUUGCCUCCUGAAUUUGCCAAGCAAACAACUCUGUUGUAACAAAAUCACUGCAAUGCAGGUUAAGUCAACUAUCAACUUUUCAGGGCAAUUCUGGAUAGCUAAAAAUACCCACAAACCAAUUUUUCAAAGAAAAAAGCCUUGGUAAAGGAUUACAGGUAGAAAAAUAAGAGCUCCCUCAGUUAUUGCUGAAACUUGUGUCAUUGUACACUUAGUGAGAAAAGUGAUUCAAAUCCAUCUGGUCAACCAUGAUUCUGCCCAAUUGACAAAGAAAAUCAAAACUGAUAUUAUAACUUAGCAACCAAUUAUUAUAUUCAAAUUUGAGCAAGUUGUAUUUUCCAUAAUGGAAAAAAAAGCUGUUCAUCAUUACACAACCAUAGCUUAUGUUAAGAAAUGUAACCAGGUAUUUUCUAGAUAUGGGAUGGUACAAUAACUACAACGGAUUUGUAUCUUUCCAGGAAUCAUGUCCUUUACUUAUAGGUGACAACUGGUUUUCUGGUUCAGCUAUAUUUGCUCUUUUAUUUCCUUUGAUAAUGAUUCUGUACUUUUGAGUUAUGCAAAAUUGCAAUAAACGUUUUAUGUAUUUUAAA